GUGAUUACUACACUAGGCCAUAAAAGGGCAAGCCAGCCUCCCUGUUAAUUAGGUCUUUUACUACACCCAGACGGUUUAUAAAGAGCACUGCCUAGGAGAGGACAGUCACAUCAUAUCCACUCAACAGAUAACUUUACACUGGGAUCCUAUGAGAAUUCCUUUAGUCAGAGCAACAGAGGACACACGGGUUCUGAGAAUGCCACAUUUAUCUGAUUGUAGCUACUACAUGAUGCGAGACGGAGCCGAAGUUGCCAGCGUUCAGAACCACCUGGAGAACUCCAAGUACCACCUUCCCCAAUCCCAGGCACAGCAGGUCAAACAGUACCUGACCUUAGGCACCAAGCUUGCCGGCCAGGCCCCCCAACACCCAGGCCAGGCCCUGGGCACAAUGCCUGUCAUGCGCAACGGCCAUAUGACACCUGUCAGUGACAGCAGCACACCUGGCAGCCCGGUCACCCUGUUCACCCUUGCCAACAGUCAUGAUGCUGAAUUUGCAGUGAACGAAGUUAUUGAUGAUCUGAUUGGCUUUGAAUCUGCUUUCAAUGAAGGGAGCUUGGAGUGUAUGGAGCCUAGCAUUAUAAUGCAAAAUAAUGUGGCCAUGAACAGCGGCAUCCUGGAUGCCUAUGGCGGUGACCAAGGUAUGACUGCCUCUCAUGGUGGACUGACACCCCUCUCUUGCCCCACAAAGCUCACUGUUAAAAUGGAAGUCACAGAACAUGACACCAGAGUCUUAGCAAAAGAGAGACAGAAGAAAGACAAUCACAAUCUCAUUGAAAGAAGGCGACGAUACAACAUCAACUACAGAAUCAAAGAACUUGGAACUCUGAUACCCAAGUCGAAUGAUCCUGAUAUGCGCUGGAACAAAGGGACCAUCCUCAAGGCCUCAGUGGAGUACAUUAAGUGGCUACAAAAAGAGCAGCAACAUGCACGAGAGCUGGAGAGCCGCCAGAAAAAGCUGGAGCAGACUAACAGGAGAUUGGUGCUCAGGAUUCAGGAGUUAGAGAUCCAAGCUCGUGCCCAUGGUCUGCCCAGCAAUCUGGGAGCAGCAGAGAUUUCAUCUCACCUCAUCAAAAGGCAGGCACUUCCAGUACCUCCUGCCAUUACUCCUGGACCACAAACGUCUCUUUACCAACAGGAUGAGCUUAACAGCACCGAGUACAUGCAGAGAAACUCCUUGUCUGUGCUCCAUGCUGGAAAUGAAGGCAACAGUAGCUCUUCUGGUGAUCACGCAGACACCACGUCGACGACAUUCUCGGACCCGCUGUCACACUUCACGGACUUCUUUAGUGCUACUCUGAAGGAGGAGCAGAGGCUGGAUGAGCUUCUCAUGGAAGAAGCUCUGUCUCCGUUCGGAACCGACCCUCUGCUUUCAGCCACUUCGCCCAAUGCUUCUAAGGGAAGCAGCCGCAGGAGCAGCUUUAGCACAGAUGACAACGAUGACCUUUGACCACUGUUUUAAUACAUUUCUGGACCUGGCAUAUGAGACUGACCUCCAGCUUUUUGGCUUGACCCAGGGACACAUCAUCUUUGUCUCCUGGAAAGCCAGAAAUAUCAAAAAGGGGCGAUGAACUGAUUUUCUGAACCUGCUGUAUAGACUUCUGUGUCUGAUGGAUGGCUUUUACUGUGGAUGCUUAUAACACUGACUACACAUAUCACAAGACUAUUAAAACUGUAUGUUUCUGAAGUAUAACAUAAUGGCAUUGUUCAUAAGGACCACUAAAGGAAAAAGUGAAGAGAAAGAUGGAGAGAAGAAACAUUUUUUCACCCUCCUCUACUAUGCUUUAUCUAAAACAGGGUUAGCUUUAUAAACAUAUAUAAGAGGAAGCAUUGUCAAUGUAGUAUAAUAGCAAUAAAACUAACAUGUCUUUUUGUUUCUAAAGUAUUUUUAAAGCAAAAUAUCACUUUGUGUAUUUAUAUAUCCUAAUCCUUUUAUUGUUGGACAAUCUAACAACUUUCCAUUUUUUAUAUCGUUGGAGUGGGGAAAAUACAUUAAACCCCUUUUUGAUAA